AUGGAGACUAGACAAAGACGUGCUCGGGACUGUGGGCGAGAAUCUAGGCAAGUUCAAGACCAAGGAGAGGAACAAGGUUCUGUGGCGAAUCAGAACCAGGGACCCCGAGGAGAUGGAGGGAACCAGGUAGCUACGACUAUCAAUCGAAUGACUGACUUACUGGCUCGCUUGGUUGACCAGCAGGGUCAAGUACCUGGUAACCAACAAAGGGACCCUGAAGUAGGUGAGGACAGGGCCCUGGAUAGGUUCCAAAAGUUUGCUCCUCCAAAAUUUCUUGGAGGACCUGAACCCGAAAUUGCUGAGAAUUGGUUCGAGCAAAUGGAAGAUAUAUUCGCCGCGCUACAUUACACUGAAGAGAGGCAAGUUACCUUCGCCGUUUUUCAGCUGGAAGGCGUAGCCCGUUCCUGGUGGAACGUAGUACGGGCAAAGUGGCAUAGGGAGCAAACUCCCCAUACUUGGCUUAACUUUACUAGAGAAUUUAAUGAAAAAUUCCUUUCGCCCUUAAUCCAGGAGAAAAGGGAGGACGAGUUUAUCAAGCUGCGUCAAGGUGCUUCAAGUAUAGCAGAAUAUGAGACUCAGUUUACUCGACUCUCCAAGUUUGCCCCAGAAUUGGUGUUUAGUGAACAAAAGCGCAUAAGGCGAUUUGUACAAGGAUUGAAUGUGGAAAUUCAGAAGGAUUUGGCUGCCGCUCAAAUUGAUACUUUCAAGGAUUCUCUCGAAAAGGCUCAACGAGUAGAGCAAGCCCGAUUUCAAGUUCGGACCUUUCAAGCUAAGAAGCGUGGUGCAUCUAGUAGUACUCCUGGGCGAGGUGAUCAGAAUUUGCCACCUCCUAAGUUUGGAAGAGGUGCGGGUGGAGCCUGA